UUUUUUCCUUCAAGUUUCCUAAACUCCUCAACGACGGUCAUCAUCAUGCUCCGUCGUCAAAUUCGAGAACGACGUUCAUAUGUUUAUGCAAAGUCCCUAGAAGCGCAGGAGCGGCAAACAUAUGAACGGAAGCAACAGCUGAAAGAUGCCCUUCAUAAUGGAAAGUCGCUACCGACGGAGCUGAAAAAGGAUGCAAAGAGGCUGGGCAAGGAGCUCGAAUUUGACGAGGCUCAGACAGAUCCCACUACACAUAUCGAUAAUGAGUAUUCCCGUGCCGGUAUCUCAGACCCGAAAAUUGUCAUUACGACAUCUCGGGACCCGUCAUCCAAGCUCCUCCAGUUUUCCAAAGAAGUACGGCUGGUCUUCCCGAACUCUCACCGAAUCAAUCGCGGAAACUACGUUGUUAAGGAGCUGGCGGACGCUUGUCGCGCAAAUGACGUUACAGACCUAAUAGUUCUGCACGAGCAUCGCGGUAAACCAGACGCCAUGAUUAUAUCUCAUUUUCCUCAUGGGCCCACUGUUUACUUUACACUGAGUAACGUAGCUCUUCGACACGAUAUAGCGACAUAUCAAAACUCCACUGUCUCUGAACAAUAUCCGCAUCUUAUUUUCGAAAACUUCUCAUCAAAACUUGGAGAACGUGUACGAGACGUCCUAAAAUAUCUGUUCCCAGUCCCCAAGGAGGAUAGUAAACGGGUGAUGACAUUUGCCAAUGAAGACGACUUCAUAUCGUUCCGGCACCAUGUCUUUGUGAAGAUACCCCGACAGGUGCAACUUGCCGAAGUUGGACCUCGCUUUGAGAUGAAGCCCUAUGAGAUCCGACAAGGCACAAUUGAACAGUCGGAGGCCGAACGGGAAUGGGUUUUGGCACAUUACUCACGGACGGCGAAGAAACGCAACAUGCUGUCUGAUUCAAGUUCAAGGCCAGGUCCCGGCAAGAAAUCGAAACGAUGAUGUCGCAUCUUGUUUUUGUUCAUCAGAGGUGAUAGCAGGGCAUCGGGGAUACCUUUAGGCGAUGAGUAUUGAGCAUCGUCAGGCUCCCAUGCCAUAAGUCCGUUGGGGUACCUUUGGAUGAUUAGUAUCACACAGUAUAUUGAGCAUCUGAACUGAUAUUGCGUAUGCAGAGCCCAGGAUUGAUCGAUGGUGAUAUUCUCUGGUAUUUCUGUCUGUGCAACCCCAAGUGAACAGUCAUUCCCAACUCCACAUAGCCGGUGUGGAACUCAAUCCACUGUCAAACUUUUGUCCAGCUUUGCGAAGCCUUCAAAGAAUGAGGUAAACAAGUCUAUGGCAUUCUGGACGUCAUGAGACCCCGCAGUCUCCCUAAUAGAGUGCAUGGACAACAUAGCAAGGCCGAUGUCGACAGUGCGCAUGCCAAUGGUAGACAGAUGAGGUCCUACAGUAGACCCGCAAGA